AUGCUGUUCCGCUCACCGUGGCGUGCAAUCACGCGAAGCGUUGCGAAGCGGUGUGCGUCGACGGCGUCAAACUUAUCAAGCUCGCAAAUCCGCUUCACGCGGGGAGCCCUGUGUAACGCCGCGCUUUCCUCCGUAUUUCACACGGGCCUGCCUGACGGCGCCGUGAGCGCGGUCGACACGGACGUGGUGACCCGCUUUGGUGAACUGCGUGAAGAGGCCCGUCUGCUCAAGCGCGAAGAGGCCACCAAGUUUGCACACCUUGCGCGUAAGGGCCUGGCCAUCUUAGAGUCGGCGCCCGAGCACAGCCGCUUCCAUUUUCCCUUGCACCUUUGCUACUUGGACCUGCCAUCGCCCGUCGCCAGCAUCUUUGACCUGCUGCUGACCAAGGUCUUUCAAAAGUCACACGACACCCGCCUCGGCCCGCAGGCCAGUCAGAACAACCACAGCGGCUUUGCGCUUAGUGGACAAUUGGGUGUGGGCAAAUCGCACACGCUGCGCCUCGUCUCUACCCUUGCGCCGCUGCUGUUGGACAACGUCUUAUCGGUCUAUAUGGACGCCCAGAACUUCGAGAGCGAUAGCACACGACCAAAGCCCUGGCAGCUGCUUCGAGCUGCCAUCAUGGCUCACAGAAUUGAUGUCCCAAUGCUUUACAACCCGCACAAGAUUUUAUCUGAGGCCGCAGCAGAGAGCGACAGCAUCCGCGAUCUGCUGAGUGUGUGUGAGGGCAAUAUCAUGCCACUGUUUGUCCUCGACGAGCUCUCCCACGUGUACCGUGACCAUCACACUUGGCACAACCUCUGCGCCAUGGUGACCAGCUACUACACGUGCAUCUUUGUGGAUGACAGCACCUCGCGUCUGGAUUCCAUGGUCAAGCGCACGGACGACCACCUGCUCAAGAAGUGGUUUGAUGGCACGAUUCAGGAGAGCCUCAACGACACCAAGCUGCCCAUCACGCGGCUGUUUCCCCUAUCCGAAGCCCGUCAGUACGAGAAGUAUUUUCAGCACCUCUUUCCUCUCCGCAAUGUCAACAUUAAUGGCGUUCACCUCAUUACAGGCGGCAAGCUCCGCGAUGUGGCUGCCCUGCUGGAUAAGGCCGCUGUUGACAACGUGGCCAUUCCCACCCUUCCUUCCGUCGGCACGCCAGAACGAUAUGCGCUACAGGCUUUCGUUGCUGCACAGGGUACAAUCAAUGCCCUGAACAAGGACGGCCGCUUUGAUCCCUUUCGCCUCGCCACCAUUAACAUUGCUGACGUUUACGGCUUGCUGGAUCGCAGCUCCUUCGAUUGCAGCGCUGCAGAGGUUGUGGCCGGCAUGCUUGAGAACAAACUUCUGGCGCGCGCGCCAAAGGAGGUUGUCGAGAAGGAUAAUGAACUGAUCAUUAGCGCCGCACCGCAUGAGGCAUCCAACCUCACCUUUGGCUCACCAGCACACUACCUCUUCCUGACCCACGUUGUGCCGCACAUUUUCAUCUCGUACUCCGAGGAGGACUCAGAUAAGGCCGCUGAGCUUCAAACGCAGCUGGAGCGGUAUCAGCUCCGGGUCAGCACAUACAAGGACCCGCGCAUCGCGGCGAAUAUUCAGCGCCUCGGCUGGAAGGGCUGGAUGCAGCAUGAAGCCAAGGGCGUGGGUCAGGGCACCCAACACUUUUGCAUUGUGAUGCUAACCAGAUCAUAUUUGGAGAAGCUGCAGGUGCCCACUUCUGGGUGUUCAGAGGAGGUCGAUCACUUGAGGAAGACUGCGCAGGAUGAAUAUGCAGGGUUGUCCGAGAUUUACGGCAGCGCUUGCCGCAAUCGUUUGCUGUUGCUUGCUUCUGACAGCUACGAGGAUCUAAAAGCUGAUUACAGUCUAAUGACGUCGCCCGCUGCCCAGUGGUUCUGCAAUAUAGGUCCCGACAACAAGGCUGACAACCUCAUUUUUACCAACAGUGAGCUAGGCUCGCUGAUGGCCACCAUCUUUUCACUCACAACCGCAGCCAAACCCCAAUCAUCAUGA